AUGACGGAACAAGCGAAGCCUGCCAAGCGCAUAGCAGUUAUCGGUCUUGGCCCUUCCGGUGCCAUCACGAUUGAUGCUCUUGCUAAAGAGCAGGCGUUUGACAUCAUCCGCGUUUUUGAGCGUCGUGAGGCUCCGGGAGGAUGUUGGCUCGGUGAAGACAAACCACCACCAAUUAUUCAACCAAACGAGCUCGAUCUUCUCUCCUCCCGAACGGCAGACCCUCAACUGCCAACGAUUCCCUCCAAUAUCCCCGCUCAACUGCCCAAGUCGCCCUCGCCGCGGUACUCUGAAUCUACUGUCUACCCCUACCUCGAGACGAACGUGGACUUCGUCCCUAUGCAAUACACUCAAGAGCCGUUUCCGACUCAGCAGUCCGAACACUCCAGAUCAAUCCACGGAGAGAACACGCCCUUUCGCCACUGGUCAUUGGUACAGGACUAUGUCCGCUCUUUGGUCGAUCGAAGGGGCUACGGCGAUUUUGUUAGCUACAACACUACUGUUGAACGAGCUGAAAAGGUGCCCGCAUCAAGCGGUCUCAGUGAAGAGUGGAAGCUCACGCUACGCAAAGACGGCGAGAACACUGAUUACUGGUGGGAGGAAAGAUUCGAUGCUGUGAUAGUUGCAUCUGGGCAUUACAGUGUGCCCUAUAUCCCUUCCAUUGACGGUCUAUCUGAAUUUGCUAGAGAUCGUUCCGGGAGCGUAAUUCACAGCAAGCAUUUCCGAGGUCGGUCCGCAUUUAAGGGCAAGAAGGUCGUGGUGGUCGGCGCCUCUGUUUCUGCAGGAGACAUCGCUUUCGAUCUGACCUCAGUGGCUCAAGCACCUGUUCAUGCCGUGGUGAAGGGACAUACCUUCAACGGUUACUUUGGUGAUGAGGCUUUCAACCAUCCCUUGAUCCACAAGGUUACUUCCAUCUCCCAUAUCGAACCGGCCUCUCGGACCGUUCAUUUCAUAGACGGAUCGUCCAUUCCUAAUGUGGACAACAUAAUUUUCGGCACUGGAUACAGCUGGACACUUCCUUUCUUGACGCCUGCAUCGUCCGGCUCUUCGAUCGAAGUCAAGAACACUUCGGUUCCAACCCCUCGCAACAACCGCAUCCCAAAUCUGUACCUCCAUACAAUAUACACUCCGGAUCCCACAAUCUUGUUUGUUGGUGCCGUCAACGCAGGUCUUACGUUCAAGAUCUUCGAAUACCAGGCUGUCCUCGCUGCCCGACUGCUCGCAGGCCGUGUCCCAUCCUCUCGCCUCCCAUCGACGGAAGCCCAGCUCGCUUGGGAAGCAGACCGCAUCGCAAAGCGUGGCGACGGCCCGAAAUUUGCGCUCGUAUUUCCAGACUUUGAAGAAUACUUUGAGGAGUUGAGAAGAAUUGCUGGUCCACCCACGGAAGAUGGCAAGGGCCGAGAGCUGCCACCCUUCAACAAGUUCUGGUUCGAAAGAUUUAUGCAGGGUCACGAGCGUCGAAAGGAUAUGUGGAGGAGAUUGAAUGCACAGGCGAGGGCAACUUUAGAAUCAAGAGAUCCUGAAGGCAGUUUACGUCCAAAGUUGUGA